AUGGCUUACCAAAACUACCCAAUCGACCCAAGGCUUCUCCAAAUCUCAAACUAUCCAAAUUUUCCUUAUGCUGAAAGAUGCCUUCGACCAAAAGAUGAAUAUAAUUGCCCUGAAAAGAGAAGUAGAAAUAAUACCAACAAUAUUCAACAAUACACAACUACAACACCUAGAAGAAGUAAUAGAAUUCAGCAAAGAAACCAACACCAACAAAAUCAUGCCCUUAAUCAAGAACAACUCCAGAGACGUCAAGAUUUAAACCAAAGACUUCUAAAUAUUUAUCAGAGAAUGCAACAAAUAGAUUUGGAUAUAUUAAGGGCUCAAAGGGGCUUGCUACAAUCAUUUUCUAAUUUCCAGGACAACAAAGAAGGGUUUUUGCUAGUUAUUACCUUUCCUCAAUUAACUAUGCCCCAGUUUUUACCAGUUAUCUUCGGAUUUCUAGUUUCUGGGUCAACAAAACUUCCUAAUGGUUUGGGAUUCUUUUCCCACGAUGUUCUUCCAACUCUUAAACUUCAAUAUUAUCCUUCUUCUUUCAUUCCAAAUGAAAGAUCAUGGAAUUUGAGACAAGAAAGUCAAACAAGGACUACUGAUGCUGAUAUUUUAUCGCGAACUGCCUAG